AUGGAUCACACUUUGGAGAAAUAUUUUGAACAUCUCCGCCGUAACGACGAAAAAUCAGAGCCGGUGAAAAGAGAUCUCCGUCAUAUUGGAACACUUCUCACUCAAUUACUUCGAGCUCUUGAUUACAUUCAUCGACGUGGAAUCAUGCACAUGGAUGUGACUCCCCGAAACAUUGGAAUGAACCAAAAGGAGUUCGAGAUCAAACUUCUCGAUUUUAAACUCGCCACAGAAACAAAUCCAGAACUCGAUCACUCGACAAAUGUUGAUACUCCUUACAUCUACCGAUCUCUUGAAGUCUUCAUGAGAACCAAGUACAAUACAGGAGUUGAUAUUUGGGCUGCAGCUUUAGUUGCUCUUGAAAUGUUGGGAUUACAAUUGUUUAUGCCAACUGGAAGCGAUGAAGAAAUCACAAAAAAGAUUCGAAAACGUGGAAUGGAAAACGCCGUCAAGGACAGAAUCUUCACCGUUCUUGGAGUCCCAGAGGACCAAUAUCAGUCAAUCUUUGGCCGACCCAUUCAAGAGAAACCACACGCCGGCGAGUUUGACAAGAUUUGGGAGGAGAAAAUUGAGCCACGUUUGGAUAGAGAUAUCGGGCCAUUAAGAAGAGAGGACUUUAAAGAUUUAAUUAAAAAGAUGCUUCACCCAAAUCUACAACAACGUUUGUGGGCCGAUGAAUGUCUCCUUCAUCCGUUUUUGCGUAUUUUGAACGUAAAAUACCAACGAGCCAGUUUACUCGGUACUGGAAAACAACCAAAGGACGAUCAACAGAUGAGAGCUCGAAUCGCUCAAGAUCGAGAUGCUCUUUUGAAGGAAUUGUCCGAUCCACGCAAUCAGCGUAUUUACACUGAUGAGAAAUCUUUUCCC